CACACACACACCCUCAGGGAUCCGUUUCUUAAAGAUAAGCGCGUACGAGAUUAAAGCGCAUCGCGCUCCCGUCGUCCGACGCGCAGACUCUUGGUUCAGAUGGUGUCUUUAGACGGGACCGACGAUCCGAUUGCAUUGCAGUGCGCCGUCACCACCCUUCCUCCGGAGCAGGCCACUGUCGAGUCCGGAGAGGAGCGCCGCGCAGACCCAGCUGGCUGCUGACGGCUAGCCGGCCAUCCAGACCUCCACAACCCGGGGACUGGCUUGCGGAGGGCGGCGCGGAGGACUCGCUGGACGCCCUUGGUCCCUCCGGUAGGUGGCUGACUGCAGACCUAGAUCACCCGAGCCCUUAUUUAUUUGGAGGUGAGUAAUCCCAUAAUGAUGCGCCUGAGAUUGUUGUCACUGGCGUUUUGGGGUCUCCCCAAGAUGGCGCCCGUGAUUGCAAUCCAGAGUAAAGUGCGCCCCCACCAGGUUGAAGGUGGCACUGCACGCGUCUCGACCAGACACGGGUCUGACUGGGAGCAGUAGCUGGCGUCUCCUUUUUUUUUUUUUUUUUCUUUUCUAAGUAAGUUUACAUUUGAAUAAUAAGAAAGAAACCAGGCAACAGCCAGGAUACGUUUGUUGAAAUUAAUGGGAGUGUCACCACAAAACACCAAAUAAAUCCCCAAAACGACCACUACUACCAAUCAUCACUUGACAUCAGAAAUUAGUUAUCACAAAAAAACGAAAGCAAGUAAUCGACGAUGCGGAAUCACACGAAUAAACCACUAUUAAACGAUGAUUCGAUGGUAACAGAUUUAUUAAGGUGUUGCAAACAAACUCCCCAGCCAGCAGCGGCAAUACACAAUCUCCUCCCGACGAAGACCACCAGGGGAAAAAAAAUAAUAACUGUCGGGGAUGCUGCGUGCAUAUCAUAAUGCAUGCUUUUGCACCGUAGUAAAUGCAUGAUAAGAUGAUCCCAUGGUACAACGUCCACCCGUGUGGAUGGAGGUGGACCAUGGACGUAUUAGAGGUGGACCCCCGCCUGCAUGCCCCCUUGCAAGAGGCGACAAAAUAAUGUCACGUGAUCCAAAAUGGGCAGUCCUCUGGCGGUGCUGAAAAAAGCCAUUUUCUGGCGCUGCUGCUGCAAAUUCUAAACCAAGUCCAAAUCAUUUACCUGGAUUAUUGCUGGGGUGGAAUUGCGUACUUAUGUGUCUCAUCUGAUCUCUACAGAUGGAUAAAAUGCAACCCGACUGUGUUAAAAUCACAGAUCUCAAUCCCCAUCUCACUUGCCCACUGUGUGCUGGUUACUUCAUCGAUGCCACGACUAUUGUAGAGUGUCUACACUCAUUUUGUAAAACAUGCAUUGUUACCUUUCUGGAGACCAAUAAGUUCUGCCCUCGAUGCGACGUCCAAGUACACAAGACAUGCCCACAGCUAAGCAUAAGAGCGGACAAAACACUACAAGACAUCGUCUACAAACUGGUUCCUGGGUUAUUUAAAGAUGAGAUGAAACGGAGGCGGGACUUCUAUGCAGAGAAUCGGGUGCUGGAGCCGGGCGAGGUGGUGGAGACGUUUAACAUAGCGGAGGACGAGAUCAUCAGCCUCUCCAUACAGUUCUACGAGAGGAACAAAAAUGUCGAAAGGCCGCGUUCAGAAACAGAAGGGGACAAGACCAACGGCAAGCGUUUUCUACAAUGCCCUGCAGCGAUGUCGGUCAUGCACUUAGCGAAGUUCCUCCGGAGCAAGAUGGACAUUCCAAGCAGUUAUCGGGUGGAGGUGUUGUAUGGGGAUGAGCCUUUGAAGGAUUAUUACACGCUAAUGGACAUCGCCUACUUCUAUGAGUGGAGACGAACCGGCCCCAUCCCCCUGCAGUACCUGGUCAAACCCACCAGGAAGCGUCGGCGGGCGUCCCAGUCGGCCGCGCAGGGCCACUCGGACGGCGUCAACACCAGCCCCACCUCGGAGAGUGACUCCCAGAGCGACAAGGUCCACAGUCCCGCCGCCGCCGCCGCCGCCGCCGCCGCGCCCUCCAGAGCCUCCUCGGCCCCCAGCCCGGCGGGCUCCCACACCCCGUCUCCCCCCGCCCCCGCCGCCACCGCCGCCGCCCCCAGCCCCAACGGCACCACGGCGACCGGCAACAACGGCCAGCAGCGCCACUCCCUCGCCUCCAAGCCCGGCGGCCACUCCCGCAAAGUGACAGUGAACGGCACCGCGGCGGCGAAGGAGGAGGCGAGGGGCGGGGACAAAAGCAGCUUGCCGCCUCCCACCUAAAGCCACGCGCGCGCGCAUGCGGGGCGUGUCUGUGCGUGCGUGUGUUUGUAUACAGUAGCGGAGGACGGCGGUCGACCGGUGAGUCGUCGGCGUUCGCACCGCGGCAGAACGCCGCUUUCCUAAGACUUGUUAAAAAAGGACUGUCCCGCCUCUAAGAAGACUGAACAAUGCAGCCAAAUAGACUCUUGUGUAUGUGUGCGUGUGGUUAUGUGUGUUAGGGUAGGACAAUGCACACAUACAAACUGUACAGUAUGUAUAGAAUGUAAGCAUGUGUGUAUACAUAUGUAUAAACUAUCUUUUAUACAACAUAAUUGUUUUGUAUUGUAUAUGAUGUAGGUCUGUUUUCCCGACGGUUCAUCAGUGUUCAUCAGAUUUGGCGACGAUGUGAAGACCAGAUGCUUCGUUGGCAUUGCGGCACAAGUCCCCGUCAAAUAUCGCAUUUUGAAGUUCCUGUUACUACUGUAUAAAAAAAAAAGUGGCAUAACAACCACUCAAUUGGUACUGUAAACCCCACGACUGACGAAGAACGCAUUGCAUUACAAAAUGUGCUCGGUCAAUCACAAAAUCUGUCCACGUUACCCGAGUGCCGCCGUGUUGGAAAAAACAUUAUCUUGUACUCCAAGCACUACCAUGAUACCUGCCGAAGUCAUUGUUCAAAUGUUCUGGGAGAAAAAAUUGAAGCGACUGAAAUAUUAAACUCUGUGGUAUUUUCCAUCCAUGCCCAUUCAUUGUUUUCUUUGAACCCACCUGUUUUUUCCAGACGUGUGCAUGUUUUAGGUCAAUAAAAUGUUUACUUACCCUGUUUGUCAGCUGUGAAGGGUUUUUUGUUUAAGUGUAUCGAUGAUUAAUCAAUGUGCAUUAAUCAGACAGCUUUUAAUGUUCUAGUUCUGUACACUCAAGAGUGUGUUAGUCUUAUAGAUGUCCUUUAUACAUUUGUAAAUGUUUCAGAAAUUGGAGAAUUUCAGUGUAAUAUCUUCAAAACAUUCAGUGCUAAGAAAUCAAAUAUAUUGAUAAAUAUGAGGCUCAGCUUUAAUGCAAGUGAAUAGACCUGAAUAAAUACUAAACAAACCGUUUUUUUUCUUCUGAUUCCUGAAAUGUAUACUUAUUGCAGAACAUACAUUUAUAACGACGGAAUCAAGUUAAAGUGCAUAACAAUUAUUUUAACAAGUGUGCCUUCCACCCAUUUGAUACGAACAGCAUUUCAUGGUGGCUUUAGAUACAACGAUUCAGAAGUGUGUCUUCAUUCAGAAGACAUGUUCCUUUGUCUACUUAAUUCCAGGUCAGGGUCGGGGAACAUGCG